AUGAAACAUGGAUCAAUCUAUGGAUUGAAAAGAUUCCUACACUGGUACUAUGUACGACGAAUCACGGAAAAAGAAUUCAGGCUGGUGGAGCUGAGAGAAGAGAAACGACAGCUGCUUGAAGAGGUGAUGGAGAAGGAGACAUACAAAACCGCAAAAGAGAUCCUGGACAAGUUUGACCCAGAACGCGCGAAGAAAAUGAUGGCGGCAGAACAUAAGAACGAUGUGUCGCAUAACACGCCCGUCGGACAAGUGCUGUAUGGAUCUCCCACGCUGUACACACCGUAUGCCUAUGGAACACAGCCGGGCUACAUGGAUCUGAGACACCGUCAGGCGUUCAGACCCGUAGCAGCGACGCCCCCUAGUGGCUACAGCGCUCCCGGCGGCUCGGCGGCGGGGGGCCGCCCCGGCACCAGCCGCGUCACGCCGCAGCAGAGGAACGGCAGCAGCGGCAGCGGGAGAGGCCUGCCCGAAAAUUAUGUGCCGAUCGGCCAGCGGACAGGCAGUAUAUUUUUGGGAGAAGGUGCGCCCCCUGGACCGCCGACGCCGCGACCGAUCCUGCCGCUACAUCGGUCGAACGUCGACAAGCUGGUAGAGUACCUCGUGGGUGACGGUCCGGCCCAGCGAUACGCUCUCAUCUGCUUCAAGUGCAGCUCACACAACGGCAUGGCACUGAAGGAGGAGUUUGAAUAUCUAGCUUUCAGAUGUGCUUACUGCUACGCGUACAAUCCUGCAAGGAAGCAGCGACCCAACGCGCCCCGCAUCCAGCAGCUGUCCAUCCGAACCGCGCACGUACAUCGUCGAUCAUUCGAUCCGUCUUGA